AGUAUCCCAUUUGGUAUGAAGUCUGCUGUUGAAAGAGGUUUGUCUGCUGUUUUCCAUACAUUUAGCCGUAGAACCUCAAGCUCAACAAUCAAUGUUUCUGAUGAAGCAGGCUAUGCCAUUUUCCACCACGCUGCCCUGCACAAUCGGGUCUCUAUCAUAUGUCAGCUGUGUAACGCCAACUUCAAUGUCAACCAGAGACGCUUCAUCAUUUUCACCCCAGACUCAUCCAAAGGGGAUACAAAAAAAGAAAGAAACGGUCCAACACCUCUACACCUGGCCUGUCAGGCUUGCUCCCUGGAAUCGACUGUCUGUCUGCUCUGCUUCAAAGCCGAUUACACACUUUCCGAGAAGAGAGGCUGGAUGCCCAUCCACUUCGCUGCUUUCUACGACAACAUCUGCAUCAUCAUUGUACUCUGCAGGAAGGAUCCGAGCUUGCUAGAGGCCGAGGCCACAGCUGAAAAUCAGUGUACUCCACUACUACUUGCCGCCACUUCAGGAGCAUUGGACACUAUUCAGUACCUGUUUUCUCUUGGUGCCAACUGGAGAAAAACAGAUAUUAAAGGAAAUAAUAUCAUUCAUUUGUCAGUGCUCACAUUUCAUACAGAGGUACUCAAGUAUAUAAUAGAAUUGAAUAUCCCUGAACUUCCAGUUUGGAAAACUUUGGUAGAAAUGUUGCAGUGUGAAAGCUUCAAGCGAAGGAUGAUGGCUGUCAUGUCCUUAGAAGUGAUUUGCUUAGCAAAUGACCAAUACUGGAAAUGUAUUUUGGAUGCAGGUGCCAUUCCUGCCUUAAUCAAUCUAUUAAAGUAUCCCAAAAUAAAACUGCAGUGUAAAACUGUUGGGUUGCUGAGUAAUAUCUCAACCCACGUAAGUGUGGUGCAUGCUUUGGUGGAGGGAGGAGGCAUUCCUGCUUUGAUCAACCUGCUGGGAUCUGACGAACCCGAACUACAUUCUCGAUGUGCUGUCAUUCUCUAUGAUAUCGCCAUGAAUGAAAACAAGGAUGUUAUUGCCCAAUAUAAUGGAAUCCCAGCUCUGAUAAACCUCCUGAACCUAGACAUGGAAAGUGUGUUGGUGAAUGUGAUGAACUGUAUCCGAGUGUUAUGUAUGGGGAAUGAAGGCAACCAGAGAGCAAUGGUAGACCACAAUGGCAUCCAGUACCUCAUCCGGUUCCUGAGUUCUGAUUCUGAUAUACUGAAGGCAGUGUCCUCAGCUACAAUCGCUGAAGUUGGCCGUGACAAUAGGGACGUGCAGGAUGCUAUAGCAAUGGAAGGGGCCAUUCCUCCCCUGGUAGAUCUUUUUAAAGGGAAGCAGCUCAGUGUCCAAGUGAAAGGUGCGAUGGCUGUGGAAUCCUUGGCAAACUACAACCCUUUAAUCCAGAAGGCAUUUCUGAAAAGAAACUUAACUAAAGAUCUCCUAAAACUACUAAAGGCCUUUCAACUAAAUGUUAAGGAGCAAGGAGCCGUAGCACUUUGGGCCUUGGCAGGACAAACUCUGAAACAACAGAAGUAUAUGGCAGAACAGAUUGGAUAUAACUUUAUAAUAAACAUGCUUUUGUCUCCAUCAGCUAAGAUGCAGUAUGUAGGAGGUGAGGCAGUCAUUGCUCUCAGCAAGGACAGCAAGAUCCAUCAAAACCAAAUAUGUGAAGGGAACGGCAUUGCACCUCUGGUUCGCUUACUGAGAAUUAAUAAGAUAGCUGAAGGCACACUCCUGAGUGUCAUCAGAGCAGUGGGAUCCAUUUGUGUUGGUGUGGCCCACACGAGUAAUCCCUUGAGUCAACAGUAUGUUGUGGAGGAGAAUGCCUUACCUGUACUUAUUCAAUUACUAAGAACUCACCCUUCACUUAACAUUAAGGUUGAAGUGGCAUUUUCUUUGGCAUGCAUCGUCCUAGGGAAUGACUCGCUGCAGAAAGAAUUACAAGAAAAAGAAGGAUUUGUGUAUUCUGAUGUCCUUUAUCUUCUUCACUCAAAAGAUAAGGAAAUUUGCUUGAGAGCAGGUUAUGCACUAACUCUUUUUGCCUUCAACAAUCGUUUUCAACAGUACUUAAUAUUGGAAAAUGGAAGGAUAACCUUAUCUAUUUUUGAGCCUUUUCUUCGAUCCAAAGUUGAAACAGAGAGGGCAAUGGCAGCAUUUCAGAUUAUCGUAUUAGCUAAAGUCAUUAUAGACGUGGACCAUAUUGCUGCGUCUGCAAGAGGUGUUACUAUUUUAGUUGACAGUCUGUAUUCAGCCCACUUUCCAACUAUUGUCUUGACAGGUAACUUAAUAGCUAGUCUGGCUCACUGUAGAGUUGGUAUUCCAGACGCUUUUACGACACUAGGAGCAAUCCGUCGGUUAUGCUACCACCUGUACUCAGGAAGAGAAGAGGUCCGCACAGCAUGUUCCUGCGCCCUUGGCUACCUGACUUACAAUGCAUACGCUUUUCGGAUCCUGCUAUCGGAGUGCAGGAACAAACCUAAUCAAUUCCUGCGUAUAACAAACAACAUCAGCAGAGAUGCCAAGAUUAACCCCGCCUUCCUAAAGGAGUUCCAAAUGCAGCAACAUGUGGGACUUCCAUCCUUAAGCCUGGAAAAGAAUGGAGGACCAUCUGUAAUUCCUGUCUUUAAAAAAGGGAAAGAACACCGAAGAAAAGCAAGACCUAAAAUCCAACCAAAAGAUUCUCUGACUUUAAUACCUCCUGUAACUAACCUCAAGGGGCUCUUCAGAACAGCAAAAAAGACCAACGUUUCCCAUAACACUUUCUCUUUUUCAUCUGGAAUUUCAUCCGAUAUCAUAACUGUAUCAAGACCAAGAAUAGUGUAUUUGAACAUGCUUGGGAAACAUGAGCAAAAAUCCAGCCCAGAGCUCUCAGAAAGCUAAUAAUUUAAAAAAAAAUCAUUUGAAC